AUGUCUCUCAACUUGAGUUGCCCGAUUACACAAGAGAUGGAACAGUCGCAACAACAAGAACAGCACCAAUUUCCUAAAGAUCAAACGCCCUUUCAGUUUUUAGAGGAAAUUUUUUCUGAUCAAUCAGUCAACACUUCUCAGAUCGGAACUGCUAGCGAACAAGGUCCAGUGGAAAUAGCAGCGAAUUCCAAUCUAUUUUCGCAGUUUCAAGAAACCUCCACUAACCAGCCAGAAGUUCAUGAUUCUCCACAACAAAGUUUGAAGCCUCCUAAUUCGGAUCCUAAUACGGGGUUGACGCCCAGUUUGAAUGUGAACGAACCGAUGUACAACUCUUACUACUUCCGACCCACAGGGUUAUCUAAUCCACCUGAUUCUGAAUUACACGAUCAACCAGAUUCUAAUUUCUGCUCAUCCAACUUCACGGAUCUGAACUAUCUGUCCACGAGAACAAGAUCAUUCCAGACGUGUGGUUUUCCGCAUCACUCUUGUCGAACCUUGCCGGAUGUCGGCCACACAGUCAACGAUUGUAUGACUGGUGAGAUAGCGCUUCCUGUUUGGGACAAAUACGCGGCCUUGACACGACAGCCAACUGCUAUCGGUGCCUCGUUUCCUAUGACCACUGCUGGUUCAUCGUGUACCUACAACUUUGAACCACAACAACUGCAACAGACCCAGCCACAGUCUAUACCAGGUUACCCUGUUGGUAGUGCAAAAUUGUCAGCAACGCCACGGGACAUGACAUCUAGGGAUUAUGGAAUUACAAAUCCCGGAAUAAACUCAAUCAGAUCCGAGCCUGGGGGAAAGCUCAGUGAACCCGAUUCCAACUAUCUCGAUCCAGUUACCGAUGCCCGAUUAAUAUGUGCCACGUCCAAUCAGAUCCCAUCCGCUAACACUUAUUUUUGGCAAUAUAAUGCCCAGUGCAAAGGACCCAAAGCCCUACGUUUGAUUGAACUAGACAGUCAGACAGCAGUCAGCGGAAAUUUACUCUGUAUUAAAUCUGAAGAAAUUCCUGGCUCACUGGAGAGCGCCCACUUCUGUUUGACAGAUCAACUAUUACAACAACAGCAACAGCAGCAGCAGCAACAACAACAACAAGCCAUGGCCAGUUCCUCAACUUACGGGGACCUGUUUGGACAUUUGGACGAGAAGGAAACAAAACUGUCCAAAUUGCUCACCAAUUCAUCGAUCUCGCCGUAUUCCUUACCCGAUUAUCCAUUUGUCAUAUUCGAGGACCCGGUGCAGCGACGUUACGAUCUGGUGCAUUGUUCCAAGCUUCGACGUGGAGACGGGAACGAUGUCACACCGAAUCUCGCACGACUACGAUCAAUGGGGGAGGAGUUGGAGUGCUUGAAUGAACAGUUGCUCGAGCACGGGGAAAUUAUUGUGGCCGGAGCAAGUGGUACCGGAACCACUCUUCACACUGCAGUUUCUUUUCCCUCUGUGGUCAUGUUACCCGGGCAUGGUAUGAACAAACGGUCGGGAGCUUGUGUGAACUCAACCAGUCCGACCUCAGCAGCGGCUGUGGCAGCCGCAGCAGAUGCUGCCGCGGCUGUUCUGUCUGGAUGCAGAUUGGUGGAACAGGCAAAGCGUGAAAAGAAUAAGUUGGCAAGCAAGAUUUGUCGACUGAAGAAAAAGGCGUUUCAUGAAGCGAACAAGAUCAAAUAUACCGGAUUAGAGAUGGAAUACCGUGAACUGGCCACUGUCAUUGUCAAUGUGAAACGGCUCAUCGCCGACUAUUUGCAAAGACAAAAUCCUACUGUGGUUCCCGGGAAAACCCCCUUCAACUCCGGGCACAUUCAAUCAAUGGGAACUGCUGAUGCGGAGAACUCGGAAUAUCUGGUGUCCUCAACCACAGGAAUGGACAAUGGUCCACACACUAGUACCUUUGCAAAUCCAUGCGGUGGCUCUUUCAUGGUUUCAAGGGGAGGAGGCCGUCAUGUAGAGAAUAAUAAUUUUAAUCCCAUCUACAGCGGUGGUCUGCCCGCAAGCGGAUAUUCCCUGUUCGAACAGGCAUCGUAUAUCUAUACAACGGUUCAUGUCACACAUGCAGCUGGUCGAACAGAUGCACUAGUGGAAGAAGUUCUACGUUUGUCACGUGACGGUCAAAACGCACAUCCGUUGGUAAAGAAAAUGGCACUGGACGGUAUUUAUCACAUCGGCCCACCGGGUAUCAGCAGUGGCUUCGAGGAUAACAGUAGCAAUCCAACAACGACUGCUCAUAAUAUUGUCAGUAGUGAGGUUAUGACGACCCAAAAUAUUCGGUCCCUCACAAUCCCGAAUUACAUGGAUCCCGGUUCGGAAUGCGGCAUCAUGUCUUCAGCAGCUCCUCCAAUAUCACCUAUUGCCUCCCAGCCCUUAGUCUCGUCCGCGCAAUCGACUCAUCCAAACUCGAUGGGUGUCUCCUACAUGGGUAUCACGCCACCUCCAAAAUUUGUUGUACCUUAUCAUCCACAAAUCGACGAACCAUUAAGCGAAUCCAAUAUGAUUUACUACUAA